AUGCGUAUCAUCCUCUAUGUGGUGCUUCUCCUUGCUGCCCACGGUACAAUCGCGACUGCGGAUAACCCCGUCGAGAUUCAAGACCUGGAAGUUUCCACUCACCGCAAACACGAAAGCCAAGACUAUCGCUACCUCAGAGGGAACAAUGAAGCGACCAAAACUGAUGGUGUAGAAGAAGAGAGGACUAUCUCAACUCCGCAGUUCGACAAGCUAUCAGCUUUGCUCAGUCCCCCGAAGUUUUCGAAUCUUCCCUUGAUCAAGCAGGUCAACAAGGUCCGAAUAAGCUUGGCAAAGAAACUAGGAAGUCUGUAUUUAAAGAAAGUGAGGAAAGCUUACGAACGAAACCCCAACAACUUCGUUUAG